AUGUACGGCAGCCGGGGAAGUGAUCGUUCUCGUCCUGGCUCUCGUUCGCCUGUGAAGAUCGACGGGUGGGAGCGGGCAGAAUAUCAUCAACAACCCCCUCCACAACAACAACACCAACAGCGACAGCAUCGACAAGGCCAAGGAGAUGGCCGCCGGGUAUGUCCAUCGGCGAUCAUUCGCUACUUUUACGCCAACGCGCAACUUCUGGUUUCGCUGGGCACGUUGGCACUGUUGGUGACGUCGGUAACGGCGGUGAUGGCGCUGGACGGCGGUAUGUCAUUGACCGGGUCCGACAUUGCCAGCGUGCAGAAUUCAGGUGCAAGUGCAGCACGAUGGGCGAAGGCCACCGAAACCGGUUCCGCACAUCGGAGGGUGCCCCGAUGGCAGAUAUCACCGUCCACGAGAAUCCGCGCACCCGCAGCCGAAGAAAACGACGAAACACCAGUUACAUGUUCACAGACACAGUUCACGUGUAUGAUGGAUGGCAAAUGCAUACCUGCACUCUGGCGAUGUGAUACUUCUGCCGACUGCUCAGACGGCUCAGAUGAAGUCGGUUGUGAUAAAGCUCAUGCAUGCAACGAAGGUAUGUUUCAUUGUAAGUUGUCGAAUCGAUGCAUCCCCCUCGAUUGGACGUGCGAUGGUGAUGUAGAUUGCGGUUUGGUGGAGCAGUACCACAUGGUGGACAACUCGGACGAAGAAUCGCUGAUGUGCCGUGAGCACAAGAAAUGUCUCCCUACGCAAGCCCUCUGCGGUGAUGGCAAGUGCUUGGAGAUAGAUCGGUUCUGUGACGGAGAAUGGGACUGUAGCAAUGACGAGCUGCACUGCUCCAGCAACAAUACAGCGACGGCCAGUGCACCAACGAGUGCUUGCGACGCGCUCAAGUGUUCCUACGACUGCCGGUUAACAUCCGAAGGUCCAAAAUGCUUCUGUGCCAAAGACAGCCAGCCGAAUGGGAAUGUCUGUGAAGAUUUCGACGAGUGCCAGAUCGAGGGCCUGUGCGAUCAGUUGUGCAAAAACCAGCCGGGGUCGUAUCAGUGCAGCUGUACCACGGGAUACGUGAGGCAGGGUAACACUUGCACUGCUGUUAAUUUGCCCAAGGACGAGCCAGCUUCACUGCUGUUUACCACCUUCAACAAGGUACGGAAAGUUGCUAUCAGCAACAGAACAGCGGUCCUGGAAGGAUCUCUUUCCUUGAAUGUCACCAAUGACGGUGAAUAUCUUAAGCAGUCUUUUCCGCGCAUUCGUGCCAUGGAAAUGGUACAUCGAAAUCGUACGUUUUGUCUGGCGCGUGUCAAGGGUAAAUCGUUGCUGGAGUGCUACAGUGUCGAUAACACCUCACACAGCUGGACCAUGCCGCGUCCGGAUCUCUUUCCCAACCUCGAAGACAUCGUGGACAUUCGGCUUGACUGGGUGUCGGGCAACUGGUACUAUCUGGACCAGCAGCGGGAAAUUAUCUUCGUCUGUUCGCCACAGAUGCUACACUGCGCGAUCGUCGUGGAAGCCUUAUCCGAAGUACUCCGGCCACGCCGGAUGGCUCUCGAUCCCACCAAAGGAUUCCUGUUUUUCUCCAAAUGGGGUAGCGGUGACGUCAGCAUCGAAAGGUCCCUGCUCGACGGUACCAAUCGGAGCUCGAUCGUACUGAACAAAAUUAUCACCCCGCUCGACAUUGCACUCGAUCUGGUGAUGCAGCACGUGUACUGGGUGGAUACACAUCUGGAUACGGUACAGCGCGUGAACUAUGACGGCAGCGGUCGAUGGUUUCCGAAACGAAGCUCAAACUUCCUGUUCAACUUUCAAACUCUCUAUGCGCUGGACGUAUUCGAGAGAACCAUCUAUCUGGCGUCAUGGCAAAAUGGCAGCAUAGUGGCCCUGAACGGUAGCACCGGAGAAACGCGUGUUGUAGUCCCAAAUGCCCCUCACGCUGUACACCUACACGUGUUUCACAGACAAAAGCAGCCAGAAGUGGCACAUCCAUGUCGCAUACAGAACGGUGGCUGCGAUCAGUUAUGCAUACCAGUGUGGAAAAAAAUCGGUGUUGCCAUUGCACAAUGUAUGUGUUCGCCAGGUUACCGGUUGAAGACAAAAUCACAGUGCAUGCUGAUCAAAAGACCAACGUUUCUGCUGUAUGCCAAAUCGAGUCCCGCCAUGAUACGCGGGUUUGCUGUUGGUAUGAAAUCGCAGGAAGCUAUUGUGCCCGUUACCGAUCUAGGUGAUCACAUCACGUUCGACUAUCAUGUGGAGGACCAGUUAAUAUUCUUCUCCCAUAGCAAUAAAGACUCUCCUUCGUUUCGAAUUGAAUCGCAAAAAUUGGACGGUACUGAUCGGGAACUGAUAUUGGACAGUCCAGGAUCAUGUGAUGGGAUUUCGUACGAUUGGUUAGGGAACAAUAUUUUCUGGACGGAUUCUGACAGAAAUCACAUUUCGGUCGUAAAGCUAGGAUCUAAACGGUCCCGUUUUACGGUACUGCGGCAUCUCUACGCGCCUAAGUCCAUUGUGGUGGAUUCAAAGCAGGGCUGGAUGUACUGGUCAUCGUGGUCGGUUCCCAGUGGACGUAUCGAUCGUGCGUGGAUGAAUGGAUCCCAUUCGGAACUGUUGGUAAGCAGCAAAAAUCGUCCAAUUGAAUGGCCAACGGGUCUUUCAUUAGAUACGAUCCAAAAGCGAUUAUUCUGGUGCGAUGCACGACUCAGCGUGAUAGAAAGCGUCAAUCUAGAUGGAAGCAAUCGAGUGGUGCUGUUCGAUGGACAGUCACACAACCGUUUUCCAAUCGCUCUUGCCGUCCAUCGUCAGCUGAUUUAUUUUGCUGAUAGUGUAAAGGGUCACAUCGAGAAGCUUAACUUGAGCGAUCCGCUUACGCUGGAAACAAUUACCAUCGAAAAACCGCAAGUGUUGGGUCUUAAAAUCUUCGACAACCUCACCCAGUACGGAGGGAACGGACGGAACGCGUGCGAAAUAGACUGUCCUGGUAUCUGCUUAAACACUCCCAUUGGAACGGCCAGUUGCAAAUGUGAAGAUGGUCAGACAUUGCUGCUCCCGUCCGAUGGCAAACCGGCCUCCUGUAUACCCUUCAUUCUGCAACAUACGUUGGCGACCUGCAACAACAGUACGCAUUUCUUAUGUCGUAAUAAAAUCGACUGUAUUGAAAUCAAGUAUACUUGCGAUGGCGAUCAGGACUGUGAGGAUGGCAGCGAUGAAGAAAUUACACCUGUGGGGCCAUGCGAUCCUAACUGCGAUCUUGAGCAUAACUUCAAGUGUGACGAGCAGAGAUGCAUUAGCCGCUCGCACGUUUGUGACGGAUCGGUGGAUUGUAUCGACGAAAGCGAUGAAGAUUACAUCAACUGUCCAAACAAAACGUGCAGUGAGCAUUUUUUUCAGUGUGAAAUCAGUCAUCGAUGCAUACCGAACACCUGGGUAUGCGAUCGACACCUCGACUGCGGACCGAACGAUAAUUCUGACGAACCAGAACACUGCCACAAAUGUCCAGAGUUUGAAUGCAAAAACUCUGCCUGUGUGCCGUUUGAAUUUCUCUGCGAUGGAGUGGAUAACUGUGGUGACAAAUCCGACGAAUCGCAGUGUGACGUUGACUGUGGUGCAAAUGAAUUUUUCUGCAGUCCUCACGGUUGCAUCGAUCGUUCGCUAAUGUGCGACCCCAAACUCAACUGUUUAAAUGCAUUCAACGAAUGCGACAAGCUUCCUAAGACUGGAGCCAAUGCGACUACCCAUACUAGCAUUCCGAUUCGUUCGGAAUCGGAACUACAAGAACUCUGCAGGCAGGAUCUUAAGAUAGUUUGUGGGUCAGACAAGCAGUGCGAGGAAAACUAUAACAGUGUGUGCCAGCGAAUGAAAUUCGGACCAUUCAAUGAAACGAUGAUCUGCCAUCAUCCAGACCGGCUGUGUCGGAUCACCAACGAAUGUAUAACUGUAGCGCAACUUUGCAAUGGUCGAACUGAAUGUCCCGAUGGUACGGAUGAAGGAUUUCGAUGCGCUGAAAAACUAUGUGAUACAUCUAACGACUGUUCACACUCGUGCCAUAAUGCCCCGGAGGGCUUGGUAUGCUCCUGUCCGCCGCAUUUAUUUCUGCAACCAAAUGGGCAUGACUGUGGCCAUGAUCAUGCCUGUGACAGAUGGGACACCUGCUCGCAAGUUUGCACGAAAACUGGAACACACUAUCGGUGUGAUUGUGUCGAAGGAUACACGCUUAUGUACGAUAAGUUUACCUGCCGUAGUAAUAACGGCGAUUCGCCGUACGUCAUUUUUAGUAACCGACAGGAGAUUCUUGGUGUCGAUCUGAACACCCUUGGCGUUAGAAGCUUCUACACUUCAUUGCGAAACACAAUCGCAUUAGAUUUCCUCUAUCGCAACGAUUCCAUUCAGAUAUUCUGGUCGGAUGUGAUGGAUGACAAGAUCUAUCGCGGUACGUUGAAGAACGACACGUUAAGCAAUGUCGAAGCAGUAGUUCAGUCCGGGCUAUCGACGGCCGAAGGUCUUGCGGUGGACUGGAUUGGAAUGAACAUCUACUGGAUCGAUUCAAAUCUCGAUCAAAUCGAGGUGGCCAAAACGAAUGGAAGCUUCCGGCGAACGUUGGUUGCCGGUGAUAUGGUGAACCCUCGAGCAAUCGCGCUAGAUCCGAUGGAAGGUGUCCUGUUUUGGACCGACUGGGAGGAAGGCUCACCAAGGUUGGAACGCUGCACUAUGGCUGGAGAAAACCGCACGGUGAUCAAAUACGUAGAAACGGACGGUGGAUGGCCGAAUGGAAUAGCGCUAGACUACAUUCCACGACGUGUGUACUGGAUCGACGCACGGUCCGAUUCGAUUCACACGAUCACCUACGAUGGGCUAGAUCAUCAUCUCGUGAUCAAGGAUCAAGGUGUGCUCGCACAUCCGUUUAGUAUAACCGUGUUCGAUAACUAUGUGUACUGGACCGAUUGGCGAACGUACUCCGUUAUACGGGCAAACAAAUGGAACGGCACGGAUGUGACAGUGAUACACAAGACGCAAAGUCAACCAUUUGGAAUACAAAUCCUACACUCCAGUCGACAGCCAAACUCCCAGCCAAACCCGUGUGCCGCUAACAAUGGAGGUUGUUCGCAUUUGUGCUUGCUGAGCGUUGGUUUGCGUCAUGAGUGUGCGUGCCCACAUGUGAUGCGACUGCAUGAGGAUCGCAUGCAGUGCGUGCCGAAUGAGGAAAUUCUGCUGUUUGUCGUGCUAACCGAAAUUCGUGGUGUCGAUCUGCAACAGCCUGCGCAUUACACGAUACCAACCAUCAGUCACCAGACGCAAGUUGUACAGCCUGCCGUGCUGGACUACGAUAUCAGUGCUGCGCGGUUGUAUUGGAACGAUGUACAGCUAAAUGAAAUCAAAUCAUCCGGUUUGGCGACGGGACCGAUCGAAACCAUACUUGAUACGGACAUUUCCCAUUCGUUGGGAUUUGCCGUGGAUUGGAUUUCAAAGCUGCUCUACUUUUCUACUGGCAACGAAACAAACAGCCGCAUUAUGGUAAGCAAUCUGAACGGCGAGUAUGUGACAGAAAUUGCUGAUGAUUUGGCCCUGGUCAACAGUCUAGUAGUGUAUCCAACAAGAGGUAUGAUGUACUUUGCAACGAUGAGCGAAACACCCAAAUUGUACGAGCUGUAUACCAGUCGUAUGGACGGAUCCGAACGAAAGUUGAUAAGUAAUUCAACUUUCUAUUCGAUCGAUAGUUUGGCACUCGAUUUUGAAACAAAUCGACUGUACUACAUUUCCUCAAAAGCUGGAGAAAUUAACUACUACGACAUUGGAAGUAGCAAAAUUAUUAAAGUGCUUCCAUCGCACCAAGACGGUCACCCCAUCAGCACAAUUACGAUAUACCGUGAUUCGAUCUAUUACGACGACAAUCAGGAUGGUCGCAUAAUGCGCUGCAAUAAAAAUCUUUGCCAAAAUCCCGUCUCCGUGCGAAACAAUACGAGUGGUCUGAACGCGAUCCGAAUGUACCAUCCCGGAGCACAGAGUGGCACCAACUCAUGCCAAAAGCGAACGGACGGAAGCACAGGAACCGGCUGCGAACAUCUCUGUAUUCCUGUGUCGGCCCAAAGCCACGUGUGUCGCUGUGCGAUCGGCUAUAAAAGCGAUCCACGCAACGCGUCACGCUGCAUCGGUUUGGAUGACAUUUUGGUGUAUUCGGUCGGCCAUCAGCUCAAGGGUAUUGCGCUUUCGGUAUCUGAGGGGACAACGGACUCGCCAUUGCGCCAGCAGGAUACUCUUGGACCGCUGCAGCAAAUUUCGUUGGCUACAGGCAUCGAUUUUCAUGUAGCGCAUGAUUACGUAUACAUCGCCGAUACUGACCGAGGAUCAAUCACACGCAUCAAACGCGAUGGCAGUGCGCGGGAAACAAUCAUAAGCAACUUCGAGCAGGUGGUCGAUGGCAGCACGCUCGACUGGCUAGGUGGCAUAGCGAUCGAUUGGGUGGCCGAGAACAUCUAUUGGACGGACCAGAAACGAAACUUGAUCGAGGUGGCACGUUUGAACGGAAGUCUUCGGUUCGUGGUCGCUUCGGAUGUGGAAAGCCCCCAGUUGCUGGCUAUUGAUCCAAUUCAGGGUUAUCUGUUUUAUGUCACCCGCGGAACCAUAGGACGAAUGGGUUUGGAUGGUUCCGGCAACUUCAUUCUGGUCAACCGUACCGCUGGAAUCAAUGAUCUCGCGCUGGAUCUGGAAAAUCAGGUAGUUUAUUGGUGCGAAACGAGUACCGAUACAAUCUGGAAGGUGGAUUAUGAUGGCAACUUGAAGCGGCUGUUGUUGAACGGCACUUCGCACAAUCCAAAAUCGUUGGAUCUUUUCGCAGACUCUAUUUAUUGGGCAGAUUCGCGUGGAAACAUAUACGAAGCUAGUUUGAGUAACGUUUUCAACUACCGAACAGUGGUGGAGGCGCUGGAAAUGUCGUUGCUGAAAGAUAUUAAAAUAUUCUCCAGCCGUAAGCAAAGUAAAACUAACGCCUGCGGAGCGUCGAACGGUGGUUGUCAGGAGCUUUGCCUGUUCAACGGUACCCAUCCCAUAUGUGCCUGCUCGCAUGGUAAAAUAUCUGCUGCCGAUUUGAAGACUUGUGAACCGUACGAAAAUUUCUUGCUAUUUUCGCGUCAAUCAGCAAUCGAAAGUAUCCACAUGACGGACGCAAACAACAUAAAUGGUCCUAUACCGGAGAUUAAGAAUGCGUCCUAUCUGAAAAAUACUAUCGCCCUGAGUUACGAUUAUGAGCAGCAGUUGAUUUUCUACUCGGACAUCGACCACAGCACAAUCAAUUGCGUGUACUUUAACGGUACCGAGCAUCGACGUAUCGUCACAAAGCAACUGACCGUUGAAGGCCUUGCAUUUAACGUGCUUACUCGUGCGCUCUUUUGGACAUCGAACAACGAGGCAGCCAUUCGAUCGUUAGACCUGAACAAUGCUUCACUGUCCGAUCCGGUUGCAAACGCGGCGCUGGUACAAGAUGUGAUAAAACUCCGAGCCACGGACAAACCGCGCGGUAUCGCCGUAGAGCCGUGUCUUGCGAUGGUGUACUGGACAAACUGGAACCAGCAAGCCGCCUCCAUACAGCGAGCAUAUCCUUCGGGGUAUGGUUUGGAGAGCAUCAUCACCAGUGACAUCCAAAUGCCAAACGCACUAACGCUGGAUUACCAAGCGCGUAAACUAUAUUGGGCCGAUGCGUUCUUAGAUAAGGUAGAGCGGGCGGACUACGAUGGAAAGCACCGGAUAGUGUUGGCACACUCUACUCCCAAGCAUCCGUUUGCGCUGGCUGUGUUUGGUGAUCUACUCUUUUGGACUGAUCUCACCUUGCACGCGGUGGUACGAGCAAACAAAUAUUCUGGCAGCGAUAUCGUGCUGUUGCGCCGCGACAUUGCACAACCGAUGGGAAUUGUGGCGGUGCAAAAAAUCGACAAGGAAUGUGCCGCCGAUCCGUGCCAGGUAAUGAACGGGUUCUGCGAAGAUAUGUGUUUAACCGAUGCCGCUGGCAAGGUGGAAUGCCACUGUACGCAAGGCGUGCUUGCAUCCGAUGGACAGCGUUGCAUUCCAAAAGCGUUGAGCAACUGUUCUUCUUCCGAGUUUAGCUGCACCAACGGAAAUUGCAUACCAUUUCAUCUUACGUGCGAUUCUAUUAAGCAGUGCUUGGAUGGAUCGGAUGAGCUAGCGACCUUCUGCUCCCAUCGGCCAUGCCCAACAGGAUUUUUCCGGUGCAACAAUGCGCGCUGUAUUCCACAGAACCAGCAGUGCAACCACAUACAGAAUUGUGGUGACGGAAGCGACGAGAUUGGGUGCAGCUGCAACAACGCAACACAUUUCCGUUGCUCGAACGGUCAGUGCAUCGUCAAAUCGAUGCGCUGCGAUUACGAACCCGACUGCAAGGACGUGUCGGAUGAGAUUGGCUGCCCGGUAACGCGCAAUUGUAUGGCUGGGUUUAUUAAGUGCGCUAACACGACUGCCUGUUACAUGCCCACCUGGCGCUGUGACGGCGAGAACGAUUGUUGGGACAACGCGGACGAGCAGGAUUGUCCAACGGCCAUCCCAACCUGCCCGGAGGACAAGUUCCUGUGCGCCAAUGGACGCUGUAUACCGCAAUCGUGGCGCUGUGACGACGAAGACGAUUGCACGGAUGCGAUUGGCGGAGCGUUGAGUUCGGAUGAGGUCGGUUGCGUAAAGCAUUGCAAAACAAAUCAAUUCAAAUGCACCAACACGUCCGAGUGCAUCUCGAACAGUUGGCAGUGUGAUGGCCAUCCGGACUGUGCGGACGGUUCAGACGAGGGUGACCACUGUUCGAGACGUGACUGUCCCGAAACGGAGUUCCAAUGCCCAACGACAAACCGUUGCAUCCCACAAAAGUGGGUCUGUGACGGUGAUGUGGAUUGCGGAGCAACGCAGGACGACGAGAUGGGUUGUGACGAGAUGAUGAUGAACGAGUGUGAUAAGACUUCGUUCACCUGCACAAAUGGUGAGUGCAUCAGUCUGCUGCACGUGUGCGAUGGAGAGCAGGACUGUGUGGACGGUUCCGACGAACCACUGUACUGCAAGGAAGGCGACGAUGGCUACGAUGACGAGGGCGCCAGUGUGUUUGACCUUCUGUGUGGUCAUCCGGACCAGUUCCGCUGUACCAAUGGCAAGUGCAUCGAACGCAAUCUCACCUGCAAUGUGAAUGCUGAUUGUGCGGAUGGGUCGGAUGAAGACAUACGGUUGUGUCGCAAUACGACACUCAUUUGCGCUGGGCCGGAUCUGUUCCGCUGUGAAAGUGGUGCCUGUAUCGUGAGCAGUAUGCUUUGCGACGGUGCAAAUGAUUGUGGCGACUGGAGCGAUGAGAAAUCAUGCCGGAUCAACGAGUGCACGAUGAUUCCGGAUCUAUGCGCGCACGACUGUGAGGAUCUUCCCGUCGGCUAUGAAUGCGUUUGCCGGAAAGGAUUCCGCGUGAAUGUUCAUGACAAGCAUCUGUGUGUGGAUGUGGACGAGUGUACGGAGCAGCAGCCAAGACCGUGCACACAAACCUGCGUCAACACGCACGGUUCAUACCACUGUUCGUGUUUGGAAGGAUACGUGCUGCGUGAUAACGACACCUGUCGUGCCGACGGAGAUCAAAUCAUCCCGCCCAGACUGAUCUUCGCCAACCGGUACUAUCUGCGAGAGGUUGAUUUGAGCGGUGGCAUGACAAUCUUGGCGCACAAUUUAACCAACGCCAUUACGCUGGAUUACGAUUGGUUGGAAAAAUGUUACUACUGGUCCGACGUUACGCGCACGGUUACUACCGUCAAACGUAUGUGUGACAGAAGCGAUGGCGAAGAGGACAAUCGCACCAUCGAAGUGGUGCAUAGAACGAACCUGAAAAAUCCCGAAGGAUUGGCGGUCGAUUGGGUAGGUCGGAAUUUGUACUGGUGCGAUAAAGGGUUGGACACAAUCGAGGUAUCGAAGCUGGAUGGACGGUUCCGGCGAGUGUUGAUUAACGAGGCGCUACAGAAACCUCGGGCCAUUGCGCUAGAUCCCUAUCGGCGCAACAUGUACUGGACGGAUUGGGGCGAUCAACCGCACAUCGGACGGGCCGGCAUGGAUGGAAGCAAUCAGACGAUCCUUAUCAAGGAGCAGCUCGGUUGGCCAAACGCUCUCACGAUCAGCUUUGAGACAAACCAACUGUUCUGGGGUGACGCUCGGGAAGAUUAUAUCGCCGUGAGCGAUCUAGACGGGCAAAAUGUGCGAAUAUUGCUAACGCGAACUCGUCAACCGACGCUCAAGUUACACCACGUGUUCGCCAUUGCCGUAUGGGAGGAUCGCAUCUACUGGUCGGAUUUGGAUUCAAAGUCCAUCGAGUACUGUCACAAGUUCCGAGGAGAUGGUUGUGGCACGCUCAUCACCACCAUACAUCGCCCCAUGGACAUACGCAUCUAUCAUCCCUACAGACAGAAACAACCAACGGUUAACCCGUGCGAAACUGCCGGCUGUCAAACGAUGUGUGUCCUGUCGCCUGAACCAGCCGGAUACAGAUGUCUUUGUCCGGAUAACUUCGUCCUGGCAGCGGACGGCAAGAGCUGUACGGCCAAUUGCUCUGCCGCACAUUUCCAGUGCCCCAACACGUUCAAGUGCAUUCCUUUCUAUUGGGUCUGUGACAAGCAGGAUGAUUGUGGGGACGGAAGUGAUGAGCCAUCGGACUGUCCCACAUUCAACUGCGAAGCGGGCCAAUUCCAGUGCCUCAACAAACAUUGUAUUAAUCCGAGCCAAAUCUGUGAUGGCAUCGAUCAGUGCGGCGAUCUGUCGGACGAGCGAGAUUGCGAUCGUUUCGAAUGUUUCAGUUCCCACUUCAAGUGCGGUUCUUCGGCGGCCAAAAAUACGAGCGCAUUCUGUAUAGAGGGUGCCCGCCGCUGCGACGAGGUUGUCAACUGCCCGGACGGUGAAGACGAGCAGGACUGUGAGCCAAAAAAUUGUACCUCGACCCAGUUCCGGUGCGCCAACGGCGGCAAGUGCAUUGACCGCACGUGGAUGUGCGAUAAUGUAGCGGACUGUCACGAUGGUUCGGAUGAGCAGGUCUGUGGUCCGGGUACCACCUGUUUCGAGCACGAAUUUCGCUGUACCGAAGGUCGCUGCAUACCACAGUCGUGGGUGUGUGACGAUGAAAAGGACUGUGUCAAUGGAGAAGAUGAAACGGCAAACUGCCAGAAGCCGGAAGAGAUUACGUGCGAACCAACGAACUUCCGUUGCAACAACUCCAAAUGCAUUCCCGGCAGAUGGCGUUGCGAUUUCGAAAACGAUUGCGGCGAUAACUCGGACGAGAUGAACUGUGAGCUUCGGAACUGUUCCGAGUCGGAGUUCCGUUGCCGCGACGGGCAUUGCAUACGCGGGAUUCGCCGUUGUGACAAUGAGUUCAAUUGUGCGGAUCAUAGCGAUGAGGAAAAUUGCAACAUCACCUGCGGUGCGAAUCAAUUCAAGUGCAAAAAUCAUCCGGCCUGUAUUAGCGACAAAUUUAAAUGCGAUGGCGAUAACGACUGCAUCGACGAAUCGGACGAAGAAGACUGCAAGUGUAAGGAAGGCGAGUAUCGUUGCAACAAUGGGAAGUGCAUUCUCAGCAGCUGGGUGUGUGACGGCAUUGACGAUUGUCUGGACAACUCGGACGAAAUGGGCGAAUACUGCAAGGAGCACGGUUGUAAUAAACGUGCCUUCCGCUGUACUAAUCAUAACUGUAUACGAAAGAGCUUGAUGUGCGAUAAUAAGGAUGAUUGCGGAGAUAACAGUGACGAGAAGAGCGCCCUGUGCCAGAAGUGUCCGUCGAAUUCGUUCCGCUGCAGCAGCGACUCGAAAUGCAUUGACAUAGCGUUACGCUGUGAUCAAACCCCGCACUGUCUGGACGAGUCUGAUGAGAUUGGAUGCAUCAAAACAGGAUGUGGGUUUGGUGCAUGCAGUCAGGUUUGCGUAGAAAAGAAGGGCCACUAUACUUGUCGCUGCGCAGAAGGAUACGUAAAGGGUGGACCGGGACGCAAUGCAACGUGUGUUGCGGUCGACGAGCAGGGAAUAUUGCUGGUCGCAUCGGAGUCUGAUUUCCGCAGUCUGUACGUGGACACACCGGUUAUGGGAUACUUGCAAACUUCUUCGUUGAAGAUUGAUCGGUUCGAUUUCACAAUCACGCGCCACAACAUUACACUCUUCUGGAUCGACAGCUAUGACUCGAGCAUCAAUAAGAUAUUCAUGGACACCACGGUCAAGGAUGGGGACUACACACAGCCACCAGUCCAAAAGAAGAAACACUCCCGUCGGGAUCUCCCUGCGCCAGCGCCUCCAUCCUACGAUCGUAUCAAAACGCUGGACGGUAAACAUUCAUCGGUCGUGCUGAAAGAUAACGAAACCGUACCGAUUGCGAUAGCGUGCGAUUGGCUAACGGAACGAUUGUACGUGAUCAAUAAGAGCCGCAGUAAUAUUUUCGUGAUGAGCUUCAACGGUACCAAUCAUACCACGCUGACCGCCACCGGGAAACAUCCGAUCGAUCUGGUGGUAGAUCCGACGAGCGGCGUUAUGGUAUGGUCCAUCAUGGAAACGAUCAUCAGCUCGGGUAUGGAUGGCCAUGGCAAGCAAAAGCUAGUUCACACCAAUGUGGAGUGGGCUUCCGGGUUGGCCAUCGAUACGAUUACGAAACGCCUAUACUGGGCAGACUACAGAAAAUCGACUAUCGAAACGUGCCUUCUGUUAAGCGGUGGCGAUCGUCACGUCAUCGCGGAACUGCACGAUUACUCCAAACCAAAGCUGCUGGAUGUGUUCGAAGACAGCGUGUACGUGAUACUAUACAAUCAGAACAUUCUGAAGCUGAACAAGUACGGGCGAGACAAUGGAACGUACAUGAACGAGGAGGCCCGUAGCGCUAGUGGAUCCGGAGGCUAUCGAUCCUCUGAUGUUCACUUCAUACACCCGCUGAAACAUGACCGAAGUAUUCCAAAUCCCUGUGUUAUGCAUCCCUGCCAUCAUUCGACUGUGUGUUUGCUCUCAACCGAAAACCGCCUAAAACGUAGCUGCAUCUGUACAGACGAACGACCGCGUGCAGUGUUUGACGAUCGAGGGGAAGUGAAGGCGUGUCUUGGCGCAACAGUUCAGCCACCGGAGUGUAAACUGCACUGUAACUACGGCACCUGUUUCAUCGAUUCCGAUGGUCAACAGAAGUGCAAAUGUUCUUCCAGCUUUGAUGGCAAAUAUUGCGAUCAUUACAUCUGUUCUGGGUACUGCAAGAACAAGGGCUUCUGUGAGAUUGUUAACAAUGAGCCAAAGUGCACCUGUUUGUCCCAAUGGACGGGCAAACGGUGUGACAUCUCGACCAACAAGUGCCAACGGUACUGUCACAACGGUGGAAAUUGUACGAUUGUACAGCGUGACGGCGGUACGCUUAGCUGCAGCUGUCCGGCCGGAUAUACUGGCGAACAAUGUGAGCACUGUUCGAAUCUGCGGUGUGAAAAUGGAGGAGUCUGUCGGAAAACCACCACCGACCGUAGCCAGUGCCUGUGUGCGGAGGGGUACGUCGGGCGCAAUUGCGAAAAGAAUGUGUGCACUGCGUUCUGCGAAAAUCGUGGCGUGUGUACGAUCGAGCGUGGUGCAGCGAAAUGUAGCUGCCCGGAGAACACGUACGGCGAACGAUGCCAGCUACGAGACUGUCCAGAUCUAUGCCAAAAUGGGGGCAACUGUGUUCCGGGAGAGCGACCGUACUGUAAGUGUCGCCAGGGCUAUGAAGGUCCUUACUGUGAGCACGAUCUGUGCGAGCUGCCGGAAGCAACGCGUCCAAACUAUUGUCUGCUUAUAAGACCCACUACGGAACCUUCUUCACAUCCACCGUCAAGCUCGUGCGCUUCGUUUAGCUGCAAUAAUGGCGGACACUGUUUGGAGGUUCGUGGAAUGCCCAUUUGCAAUUGCACGAUGCAGUACGCCGGCGAGCACUGUGAAAACUAUGUCACGUACCGCAAUCCGUGCAACAAUUUCUGCUUCAACAAUGGCAUAUGCCGGUUGGAUCUGUUCUCCUCGCCCAACGGCACCUACAUACCAUCGUGCGUGUGCAUCGGCGAAUGGACGGGCAAGCAAUGUGAUCGACCGCCGCGAUGUGUUGGUGAUUGCGGUACCUGCAUCGAGGGCAGCUCCAUCAAUGAGUGCACCUGCGAAGAUAACGAUAUCAGCACCUGUCUGCAAGAGGUUUCACUCAGCGAGCUCGAGCGUAUGGAUCCGAAUGGAUCCAGUUUCACACUGUCGGUGCUAGCGAUCGUUCUAUUUGCAAUGCUCAUAAUAGCCGCCGGUCUUGGUGGUACUUUCUACGGACUUAGAAGAAGACGCACAGGGCAACCAUUCCUGCAUGCCCGGUUGACAGACAACGUGGAAAUAACGAAUCCAAUGUAUCUUGGCGAUGCCGACGAAGGUCCAGCAUUUGUACACGAAGAUGAUAAGGUGCACUUCGGUAAUCCGGUGUAUGAACAGAUGUAUGCAGGAAGUGUGAACGUGCAUAGCGAUUCAUCAACGAUCGCUGGAAACAGUGCACAUCCACUGCUAACCACUAGCUCAACGGCACCGGAAGAGAAGAAAGGUCUUCUUCAGCAUCCCCAGGAGGACACGAUCGCGGCCGAUUUGUUAUGAUGUAAAACGAAAUAGUAGCAGUUGCUGAAGCGACGGUUUUAGGCAAUCGCUUAAAAUUGUCGCGGCUGGAGGAUUUACUUGCCAGCAAGCAUAGCACACCGCUACUAACGUGAAUGAACGAAAACUCUAAGGCGACACGCACAUGACAUGGGAGCCGUCCCUGGACGCGUCAGACUGUGGACAUCUCGCACAUCGCCGAGGAGGGGUACUAAUCGCUUUAGUUACCUUUGUUUUUGUACUACUAUUCAACAAAUAAGAAAAUGGCUAUAAAGCAUGCGGAAUACGCGUGGCCUUAAGUGAGUUACGCGCUAAAAAGCCACAAACAAACAUCGCAUCACCACGAGCUUUAAUGAAAUGAUUUUGUAUUUAACGUUCCAUGUUUAAGUUUAAUGCUAAGUCAGUAAUACAACAUUAAGUGACGGUUUGAGAGACAGGGGGGGCAGAAAAGGAGAGAUGAACAAUAUGCGAAAGGAAAAAAAAAUGUAGGUAUUUAUGAAAAAGAAGUGCUCUCUUUUCCGCGUUUUUCCGCAGCUAUCCACGUGAAAGUCUCAUUUUAAUUUUAUCUCUACAACUAAUCAAAACCAGCUAGAAAUGAUGCAGUAGAAGAGAUUGUUUAGGUUUAAAGCCACAAUUCAGGCACGCAGCGAACGAGCAAACAACUCAGACAUUAACAAUAAUGGUAAUAAGUAAGCUUAUGGAACGAAAGCAGCGUGCGACUUUGCCAGAUGAAGGUUGCACACAGUGUUGUGUCACAAAUAGCACCAUCGGUAAGAGCGAGCUCAUGACUCCUAGCUCUUAUAUACGUAGGCUUACUCAUGAGCCAAAAUUCAAACCAGCUACCGGGGUUAGCUAGAUAUCACGUUGAUUAUAUUUUGCGUGUUAUUUAUUCCACUAAGAUGCUAUAAAAUGUAUUACGAUUCAAUACGGAAGGACGGUAGCCUAGAUUUGUAGAAUGGUGCAUGUUGAAUUCUUCGUCUCUUGCCAUUCAUUGAAGUCUUUGCCGCUUUAACUAUUCUCGUGGCAUGAAAAGAGUUGAUAACAUCAAACGCGAUGAGGUAUUAUUCUGCAUCAUCCGGGCAACAUUACGGGUAGUAUUAUCUGUAUUGGAUAAUAAUAUAUCUUGUCUUAUAUCGAUGGAAUAAGAAUACACAAAAUAGAACCAAAAUAUCCUAAAGAUAAAUGAUCUAAGAUCUAGGAAAGAUUCUUUAACACAGUGCUCAUGAACGUGAGCUUGGGGCUAGGGGCACUUGUUACUCACUUCGGUUAGACUAGCGAUCGAGCUAACUCAAAGGCACAACACUAGCUGCACAACGCCAUAACAGGAAGAAAUAAGCGCAGGGUAGGCGGAAGAUGACCGCAAAAUCAACAAUCGACACACAACAAUACAACGAUAUCGAUGGCGAGGAGCAAAAGCUCCGCAACCGUUUUGUACAGUACUUUGUUUUCUUUAACCGUAUCGAAUGUAACGAUACCGCACGUCUAGUGAUCGAGGCAGCGCUAGCUGAUGUAGUAUAGAGAUAAAUUGCCCGGCCGCAAACAUACGCUAAGAGGAGGCAUGUAGAUUUUUCUAAACAGGGCUGUUUGUGGUAUUGUGUUUUUCUCCCAUUUUGUAACAAAAAUGCAUUAGCACAUGUGGUGGGAACGAUGGCAUCUUUUAAAUAGUAAGUAGUGUGUAGCGAAAUGAAGGUGUAACCGAAUUCUAGUACAUGUCCUUAUAAUAACGAAAAACGUUCGAACGCCACUGUGGAGGUUGUUUUGUUAUACGGCUGUUGGUGACGGUAGGGGGGGGCUAGACAUAAAAUACGCAUUUUGAUCCUAGCUAAAUCAAACCGAAAUGCUUGCUGCGAAGAACGGGACAAAGUCGGAGAGAUCACUCAUACAAAUGUGCGAGCGGUACUCAUCAAACCAAACCUAGAUAGUAGAGCAAACCGCUUUUAUUUGCCAUUUGCCCACAUGGAUUGCCGCUCCAUGGUGCUCCACACGCAGUAGCAAAUUCAAAAACAUGUGUGAUGAGUUAGACAUUUUAAACGAAACGUAAGAUUUCAUACACGCUCAUAAGCUCUAUCGGUGUCGUAAGCAAAUUGGUUUUAAGCUGCAGAGAGAAGUCAACUAAUUGUACGCGUUAUCGGUUUUCGCUCGGUAUCAAAAUGCAUGACUCCUACACGUUACGAGUUCGACGAAGGUGAACAAACAAUGUUAAGAAAAAUAUAAAGACUGUA